UCCUUGUUACAGGGAACACUGCUGCCCCCCCCCCCAAUAUAGGCUCAGUCACAGUCUGUGCUCCUCUUCUGGAAUAGUCUCCUAAUAAUCUAACUGCCCAGUCCUGUGUGUGUAUUUGGAAGUUAGUCUCACCUGAGUUCAAGGGGCUUACUUCCAGGGAAGGGGUUAAUAAACUUAUAGCUAAUUCAAAAAAUGGCUGUUCUGGCCUCAGCCAACACUGGGAAUAUUGUGCUGUCUGCAGACCAGAGGCAAGCAAGGGAUCAUGUGUGCACACACAAAAUAAAUCUCAGAGUGGAGAAAAAACCUUUUUCUGAAGUUGCAGUAGUCUUAUAAGAGAUCUAUCCCAAUUGACAGAGGGGAAGAGAAUAAUACAAAACAUAAACCCUAUUCAGCCAUUGCAUUGUACAAGUGUACAGAUGUCUGAACACUUAUACACGUGUUUGUGUAAAUUACUGUACCUGUGUUCAUUUUUAAAGUGUUCUCGGGUACCCCCUCAAAUGCAUGGCAUAGGUAGGAAGUAUACUGUUGUACUUGCGUUCAACAAAAUGUGUGAAUCACUGUACUUCUGGACAGAUUUUUACCUGUGUACAUUCGUACACCCAUUGUAGUGUUGAACAUAAUGUGUGAAUAGAGUUAUACAGUUUGCUCUGGUUGCCUUGCGUCCCCUACUUGGGAAACACUUCCUAGGCCGUGGUCACCUCUAGGAACUCAUAGUCCUGGGUUAGACAGACCAGUCUAAUUCAGUAUAAGGCAUCUUUCCAAAUCCAUAGGCAGUGAACCCUCCAUGACGGCAAGCGAAUGAAGAAGGGAAUUGUGUGAAGAGGCUCUUAACUGGGAAGGAAGAAGUAGGGUUGCCAUAUUCCGGCUUUCCAAAUCUGGGUGCCUAAUUUGCAUAUUGUGUAAAUUGACUUGAAAACAAUUUUUGAGCAGAAUAGUGACUGCACGUUUUGCUCCAUAACUCUGCUUCUACAAGGGCUAGAGCUGGGCUUUAAAGAAAGAAGAAAAGAAAAACAGAAAGCUGGAAUCUAGCUGUGCUAAGUAGUCUGGGGGAGAUGCUUAAAAUCCAGGAAACCCAAAAUUCCAGGGGGCAUGGCAACUCUAGGAAGAGGGAGUGCAUUGUCUUUUAGUCCAUUGCAUGAAUCUGAUAGCAAACCAGGCAUCUCAAACUGCAACUCUCCAGCUAAUGUUGGUUUGCAACUCCCAUCAUUCCCUGUCACAGUGGCCAGUAUUCCCAGAUGAUGUUCACUACAACUCCCAGCAUCCCUAGCUGCAGUGGCCUUUGGCUGGGGAUUAUGGGGUUUGUAGUCAACAACAGCUGGGAAUCCCUGUUAGAGGAAACACUGGUCAGGAGUGACGGGAGUUGUAAGCCCAGUUUGACAUCCCUGUACUGAACUGUAUGGGCUUUUCAAUCAUACAGAAGUCUUUCUCCAGCUUUUCAGUUUUGAAUGAGAGAGAGGGGGAAACGUGUCUGAGUGAGGGCGUAGUAUAAUUGUUAGACUGUUUUUCUCCCUGUUACUUGGGAUUUGUUUUCUUUCUGUUUUUCAGGGGAAAGCAGAGUUUUGCUUUUUGAGUUUUGCAUGUGAUUCAUAUGCUUGUCUUUUAAAAAUAAGAACUUCUGAAGUGAAGGACAAAGACUUCUUGACCAUGUGAGAGAGACUAACUGUUAGCCCAAGGAGGUCUUUGGGCUGUGUUGGGAACUCUGUUUGAGCAGAGAGAGAAGAUGGAUUUUCAAAGGCCAGCCAAUAAUGAAUCAAGCGAGGGAGAAGAAAGAGGCCCUCAAGCCAUCCAGCCUGGGACUGACUAUGAAUUCUGGGAAAGUACCAUGCAGAAGAUCCUGGGAGGAGACACCACCAGCUCAGAUGACCAGCAUGGGAGAUUCAGGCAGUUCUGUUACCAGGAGGCCAAGGGCCCCCGAGAUGUUUGCAGCCAGCUCAGUCAUCUUUGCAAUAAGUGGCUGAAACCAGAGAGACACACGAAAGUUCAGAUGCUGGACCUGGUGAUCCUGGAGCAGUUCCUGACUGUCCUGCCCCCGGAGAUGGAGAGCUGGGUGAGAGAAUGCGGAGCGGAGACCAGUUCGCAGGCGGUGGCCCUGGCAGAAGGUUUCCUCCUGAGCCAGGCAGAGGAGAAGAAGCAGGAAGAGCAGCAGCACAGAGGAUGCUAGCCAAAGAGAUCACUGACCUCUCGCAGGCGGAGAAGGCUCCAUCAUGCGCCAGGCCGAAGCUGCUGUUCAGAGGGAUCAUGCAGAAGGGUAAUGGCGGUAGCACCUUGCUGGGCAGUGAAAGGAUGCUGGCGAUGCCUCCUAGAGCUUCUCCUCUUGGUGAUGGAGUGGAAACGGUUGCUGUGCAACUACCAGAUCAGGGAGGUGUGACCUCUGAGGAGGUGGCAGUGUGCUUUUCGGAGGAGGAGUGGGCUCUGCUGGACCCAGGCCAAAGGGCUCUGCACAGAGAAGUCAUGGAGGAGAUUUCUGGGCAUCUGGCCACAGUGGCCUUGCUGGGUAAUUGGAGGGAGAACAAGAAAGAGGGUGAAGCACUAAGAAGGAAAAUAGAAGGAAAUCAGGAGGAAACCUUUCCUUCUGAUGGGGCAGAAUUCCAUGCAAUUCCAGCUGAAGAAGGAUGUCAAAAAGGAGACAAAAGGUGUCAGAUCCCUCUACGAGUAAAUUUUUUUACCAGGAAAUCACAUCUCAGUACACGACACAGAGUCGGCACAGGAGCUAAACCACAUACAUGUUCAGUGUGUGGAAAAAGCUUCAGCCACAAGCAUAAUCUCACUACUCAUAAAAGAAUCCACACGGGAGAGAAGCCAUAUAGCUGCUCAGAGUGUGGGAAAAGCUUCAGUCGCAGCGAUUGCCUUAGUUCCCAUCAAAGAAUGCACAAAGGAGUGAAACCAUUUCAAUGUUUGGAGUGUGGAAAGAGCUUCAGUAGAAAGCUAACCCUUACUUCACACCAAAGACUCCAUACAGGAGAGAAACCAUAUACUUGUUCAGUGUGUGGGAAAAGCUUCAUACACAAGCCUACUCUUACUAUCCAUCAGAGAGUCCACACGGGAGAGAAGCCAUAUAGAUGCUCAGAGUGUGGAAAGAGCUUCAGCCGCAGUGAUUACCUUCAUUCCCAUAGAAGAAUACACAUAGUGAAACCAUAUCUGUGUUUGGAGUGUGGAAAGAGCUUCAGUGAGAAGUUAAAAUUUACUUCCCAUCAAAGAGUCCACACAGGAGGGAAACUACACAUGUGCUCACUGUGUGGAAAGAGCUUUCGUCAGAAAAAUAAACUUACUGUCCACCAAAGAGUCCACACAGGAGAGAAGCCUUAUAGCUGCACAGAGUGUGGGAAGAGCUUCAGUCGCAGUGAUCACCUUAUUUCCCAUCAAAAAAUCCAAAACAGAAAGAAACCAUAUAAAUGCUCAGAGUGCGGAAAGAUCUUUUGUGCGAAGAUAAACCUUACUUUCCAUCGAAGAGUUCAUACAGGAGAGAAACCACAUGAAUGCUCAGUGUGUGGAAAGAGCUUCAGUGAGAAGAGAGACCUUGCUACCCAUCACAGAGUCCACACAGGAGAGAAACCAUAUGGAUGCUUGGAGUGUGGAAAGAGCUUCAGUCAGAAAGGAAAUCUUACUUUGCAUCAUAGAACCCACACCGGAGAGAAACGAUUUAAAUGCUUGGAGUGUGGAAAGGGUUUCAGCCGCAAUGCUAGCCUUACUUGUCACCAACGAACCCACACAGGAGAGAAACCAUAUAAAUGCUUAGAGUGCGGAAAGAGCUUCAGUGAGAAUGGAAAGCUUACUGUGCAUCAGAGAACCCACACAGGAGAGAAACCACAUCAAUGCUCAGAGUGUGGAAAGAACUUCAGUGAGAAAAGAAAGCUUACUAUCCAUCAAAGAGUCCACACAGGAGAAAAACCAUAUAAGUGCUCAGAGUGUGGAAAGAUCUGUGUGAAGAUAAAUCUUACUUUCCAUCAAAAAAUUCAUACAGGAGAGAAAUCACAUAAAUGCUCAGAUUGUGGCAAGAACUUCAAUGAGAAGAGAGACUUUACUAUGCAUCAAAGAGUCCACACAGGAGAGAAACCAUAUGGAUGCUUGGGGUGUGGAAAGAUCUUCAGUCAGAAAGGAAAUCUUACUUUGCAUCAUAGAACCCACACCAGAGAGAAACGAUUCAAAUGCUUGAAGUGUGGAAAGAGUUUCAGCCGCAAUGGCAGCCUUACUUGUCACGAACGAACCCACACAGGAGAAAAGCCAUAUAAAUGUUUAGAGUGCGGAAAGAGCUUCAGCGAGAAUGGAAAACUUACUACACAUCAAAGAGUCCAUACAGGAGAGAAACCAUAUAGAUGCUUAGAGUGCGGAAAGAGCUUUAGUGAGAAGAGAAGGCUUACUACGCAUCAAAGAAUCCACACAGGAGAGAAGCCAUAUGGAUGCUUGGAGUGUGGAAAAAGCUUCAGGCAGAAAGGAAAUCUUACUUUGCAUCAUAGAACCCACACUGGAGAGAAACGAUUUAAAUGCUUGGAGUGUGGAAAGAGCUUUAGCCGUAAUGGUAACCUUACUUGUCACCAACGAACCCACACAGGAGAGAAACCAUAUAAAUGCUUAGUGUGCGGAAAGAGCUUCACUCGCAACACUAGUCUGAUUUCCCAUCGAAGAAUCCAUAAAGCAGUGGAAGCCUUAUGAAUGGCUGGAGUGUAGAAAGAUAUUCACACUGAGCUCAAGUUGUCAUUGUCAUCACAGAAGCCACACAAGACUGAAGCUGUUUAGAGCAGCUACAGGCCCUGCAGGGUGUGGUCUUUCUACCUGAGGGUGCUUGUUCCAUCUGGUCCUCAGAGCUCUGCAGGAGGAAAGAGAGAGUGAGCUGAGAAACAUCAGGUGCUGCAAGGGAUAGAGAGGAAAAACUAGAGGGGUCUGGCUUGUUCCUGUAUCGCCCAGAGACUUACCAACUUCCUGCUUGGGUGGGGACUUCCUGGGAAAGGGUCUGAUAAGUCUGAGCCUGCCCUGUAGGUGGGUUGUCCAUUUGGGGUGCCGUGAGAGUUUUGUGCUGUUCCUGUGUGGGUCUUUGGGGUGAUCUCCAGUGAGAGAUUGACUUUAGGAUUGGGCCAGUCAUAUAGAGCCAGCGUGGUGUAGUGGUUAGAGUGCUGGACUAGGACCGGGGAGACCCAAGUUCAAAUCCCCAUUCAGCCAUGAGAUUUGCUGGGUGACUCUGGGCUACUCACUUCCCUCUCAGCCUAACCUACUUCACAGGGUUGUUGUGACAAGAAACUUAAGUAUGUAGUACACCGCUCUGGGCUCCUUGGAGGAAGAGUGGGGUAUAAAUGUAAAUAAAUAAAAAUAAAAUAAAUAGAGUUGA